CACUAUUUGUAUUGAUUUGCAUUAGUUUAAUUUCGGAACUUUUAUCUUGAAGGCCAACCGUUGAUUCCACGACUGUGGCUAAUCGCUAUUGUGGCUCAAUUCACAUCGGUAGGACGUUCCAGCCUUCUCACUAGUUGAACCAGACAGAAGCAGGCAGCCGACGUCAUUAUCCAUUUGAACUGUAUCGGACCGAAAAUGGCCACGUUAAAACAACAAGAUACUCUGAUGGAAUGCUUGAGUUGCAGCCAUCUUAAGACCGCAGAAAUUUGGAUUGCGCUUGAGCCGUUAGUGUCUACAGAAAAUGAGAUUUCAAUCUACAGACUUGAAUCUAUCGCAGGACGCUAUGAGUGCACAAUAUCAGGGCUGCGCUGGGUAUGUGAGAGCAAAGUCACACUUCUGUACCACUUCAGCUCUUGGGAUCCUCACAGGGCAUUGCUACAAAGCAUGGGGUACAGGCAAGCAGGCCCCCUACUGGACAUCAAAAUCAUUGAAGGAAAACUGAAAGAAGUGCAUCUGCCACAUUUUGCCUGUUUUGGUGCACGUAUGGAUAUCAGCUAUACUGAACAAGACAUUGUUUUAUUUACCUGGGAAUUCUCAAUACAUAUUAAAAUAAAUGUUUUAAUCAAACUGAUAAUGUUCUGGUUUCUGUCCAUUUUAGGGGUUGGAGAUUGUUAUGAUCCCUCUAUAAAGCAGAAAGUGAGAGUUCUUCAUGUAGAAGGCAGUGGUGUGUCCAUAGAACAAGUGGAUAAGGUCACCCGCUUCCAUGUCAAGGUUCUCCAUCCAUCUUUCUCUCUGAGAGGUGUUAUCCUGCAGGCAUUAGGGUGUUCCGUGCACUGUGACUUGCAGAUCUACCGAGCCAGGACAGCACACCUCACGCUACAUGCAUAUCUGAUGCCAUGUGAUCCUGCACUAACACAGGCAGUGGAGAAACAGGAGAAGUGUCAUGGAUCCACAAGGAUCCUAAAACCAAGACCAGAGAAGUCCCAAUGGUUGACUAGUGAUUUCUACCUCACAACAUCCUGUCCUUCUGAUGUUAACCCUCGUAGAUUGGAGCUCGCAUAUGUUGACCCACCAAACUUCUUUGAGGUGUUUAUAAGAGACGCAGAUUUAGACUUCAGUCUGAACCUAAGCUGUAAAAGUCGUAAACAAACCAUAUGGAACCACGAAAUACGAGCAGCUGAAUACAGGGGUUCCAUCUUGACCUCAGACCAGCACUUUGUGGACCUCCACCAGACAGCCCUGAUUGACAGAGUGAGCCAAGUCGGUCCCAUCUUGGACAGACUCCUGAAGAGUGGAAUCAUCACUGCUGAUGGCUACAGUGACGUGACAGCUGAAAGAAAUAACCAGAAGAAGAUGAGGGCGCUCUUUGAUGGGCCCUUGAAAGGGUGUGGCCCCGAAUGCAAAGAUCAGUUCUUAGAGAUCCUGACAGAGCUGGAGCCAUACCUAAUCAAUCACCUGAAGCUGGAAUGAUGAGCUAGGUUGGUGAAAGGGGGGCAUUUGACAUUUUUGGGGAAAGAGCAUGAAUGAUGUCAGUUACACUUUGUUUUAUUUCUUUAUAAAAAGGUGCAUAGUAUAAUUAUUUUAUAUCAUUCCUUUUAUUUCUACAUGUACAGUUGGAAGUCGGAAGCUUACAUAAACAAGUUUUAAUGACUCCAACAUAAGUCUUUCAACCACUCUACAAAUUUGUUGCCAAAACUAUAGGACAUCUACUUUGUGCAUGACACAGGUAAUUUGUCCAACAAUUGUUUACAGAUUAUUUCACUUAUAAUUCACUGUAUCACAAUUCCAGUGGGUCAGAAGUUGACAUACACUAAAUUGACUGUGCCUCUAAACAGCUUGGAAAGAUCCCGAAAAUGAUGUCAUGGCUUUAGAAGCUCCUGAUAGGCUAAUUAAUAUCAUUAGAGUCAAUUGGAGGUGUACCCAUGAAUGUAUUUCAAGGCCUACCUUCAAACUCAGUGCUUCUUUGCUUGACAUCAUUGGAAAAUCAAAAGAAAUCAGCCUUGGGAUAAAUUGGUUCAUCCUUGGGAUAAAUUUCCAAGCGCCUGAAGGUACCUCGUUCAUCUGUACAAAAAAUAGUACGCAAGUAUAAACACCAUGGGACCACGCAGCCGUCAUACUGCUCAGGAAGGAGAUGCGUUCUGUCUCCUAGAGAUGAACGUACUUUGGUGCGAAAAGUACAAAUCAAUCCCAGAACAACAGCAAAGGACCUUGUGAAGAUGCUGGAGGAAACAGGUGAAAGAUGCUGGAGGAAACAGGUACAAAAGUAUCUAUAUCCACAGUAAAACGAGUCCUAUAUCGACAUAACCUGAAAGGCCGCUCAGCAAGGAAGAGGCCACUGCUCCAAAACCGCCAUAAAAAAGCCAGACUACGGUUUGCAACUGCACAUGGGGACAAAGAUCGUACUUUUUGGAGAAAUGUCCUCUGGUCUGAUGAAACAAAAAUAGAACUGUUUUGCCAUAAUGACCAUCCUUAUGUUUGGAGGAAAAAGGGGGAGACUUGCAAGCCGAAGAACACCAUCCCAACCGUGAAGCACAGGGGUGGCAGCAUCAUGUUGUGGGGCUGCUUUUCUGCAGGAGGGACUGGUGCACUUCACAAAAUAGAUGGCAUCAUGAGGAACGAAAAUUAGGUGGAAAUAUUGAAGCAACAUCUCAAAACAUCAGUCAGGAAGUUAAAGCUUGGUCUCAAAUGGGUCUUCCAAAUGGACAAUGACCCCAAGCAUACUUCCAAAGUAGUGGCAAAAUGUCUUAAGGACAACAAAGUCAAGCUAUUGGAGUGGCCAUCACAACACCAUGACUUCAAUCCUAUUGAAAAUUUGUGGGCAGAACUGAAAAAGUGUGUGCAAGCAAGGAGGCCUACAAACCUGACUCAGUUACACCAGCUCUGUCAGGAGGAAUGGACCAAAAUUCACCCAACUAAUUGAGGGAAGCUACCCGAAACGUUUGACCCAAGUUAAACAAUUAAAAAGGCUAUGCUACCAAAUACUAAUUGAGUGUAUGUAAACUUUUGACCCACUGGGAAUGUGAUGAAAUAAAUAAAAGCUGAAAUAAAUCUACUAUUAUUCUGACAUUUCACAUUCUUAAAAUAAAGUGGUGAUCCUAACUGACCUAAGACAGGGAUUUUUUACUCAGAUUAAAUGUCAGGAAUUGUAUUUGGUAUGUAAACUUCUGACUUCAACUGUAGGGGGGGGUCCUCCAAAUGUUUUGGGCAUCUAAAGCUCAUAUCCUGCAUUUCUACUGUUAUUGUAGAUACAUUCCAGUUAUAUUUAAACACUUCUAAUAAUAAUCAUGAAUAAUGAUGUGUGAGAAAGUCAAAACGCACAAAUAUCAUACCCUCGCAAAAAUGCGAACCUCCCCUGUUGUUGUAAUGGUGAGGUUAGCCUUGUCUUGGGGGUAUGAUAUGUGUGUGUCGUAACUUUCUCACUCAUUAUUAUCCGUAAUCAUAGUAUCAUCCACAUUAGUCUAGAAGUGUUUAGAAACAUUCUAUUCUUAUUUACAAUAAAGGUGCAUUAAAUGACAAUACAUUAUUUACCAUUAAUUUGUACGGGGCACAAAAUAAUCUGAGAAACAACUAAAACAGACAGCAAUUGCAUCCAACAAAUUUGUAGAUUCACCAGCUUGAUGUACUCAUUGUGUGCUAUGAAUGUGGGACCAAAUACUUAACUUGUGAAUUUGUCCCAAUACCUUUGCUCCCCUAAAAUGGGGGACUAUGUACAAAAAAAUGCUGUAAUUUCUAAACAAUUCACCCAAUAUGGGUGAAAAUAUCCUAAAAUUAAAGCUGACAGUCUGCACUUUAAGUUCAUAGUAAUUGUUUGAUUUAAACUCGCAUACAGAGAGUACUUAAGUACUUUUCACAGACCGUCAUGGGGCUGCAGAAAGGUUGCUAGAUCAAAUCCCAGAGCUGACAAGGUAAAAAUCUGUAAUUCUGCCCCUGAACAAGGCAGUUAACCCACUGUUCCUAGGCUGUCAUUGUAAAUAAGAAUGUGUUAUUAUUAACUGACUUGCCUAGUUAAAUAAAGGUUACAUUUAAAAAUAAAAAUAAUUAAUACUAUGGAAUUGUUUCUAGUCACCACCAGAUGGCAGUAUAUCGCCACAAUCUCAUGAAAGAAAUACUAUUAAAAUCGAUUUUAUUGGUCACAAACAUUUAGCAGAUGUUAUUGCGGGUGUAGUGAAAUGCUUAUUCAUCACUACCUUAAAAAGGUUCUACUCAAUACAUUGUUUCACUAAUUUACAUGAGUGUUAAGUCAGUACUUACGAUUUUGUCAUUUGAGUAGUGAUGAGCACAGUGGCGACCGCACAAUUUUUGGGGGAAUAGUGACAUUUGCGCGAUCGGUUUUCUAUCACUCAUUUACACAUCACGUCAAAGAUAUGUCACCGUGUGGGACUGGAUCAAUUAACCUUGUCAGAGUGGGCGCCCUGAUUCUAUUUUUUGAGCUGGGCAGGUCUCCCACUCAAAAGUACGAGAUGGGGAGGGGGGUCGGUUGACCUCAGGUCUCCCCACUGGAAGCCCGAUGGGGGAGAGGGGGAAUCUAUCAAACAGCGCACAUCUAACUGUGUACAGUACUAAUGCAAUUAGUCAAAUUAGUCACACUACCAAAUAAACCACAAUUCAUUCAUAAUAGUGUGAAUAUAUAGUUUCAGACAUAUUGUUGCAUUUUUUUCUGGUUUGUGCAAAAUCAUUAAAAAUAAAAUUAAACCAGUCUGCACACCACCAAGGUGAAUUGGUUUAGUCUUGACUCUUGGUUGACAUUGUUGGGGGAUGGGUAAUGUAUCGAUGCUCGAGUGCCAAACCAACACACAUGUUUUUGUGUGUUUUAAAUGUUAUGAUUAUUUUUGUGUUCCAAAUUUCUGAAUAAAAAUUACAGUUAGUGCAGAA